AUUAGGAGAAAAAAUGGUCAAAACCUUGCCAACAAAAAGGAACCAAACAAUUGACGGAACAAUUUUGGACGCAACACAAUUAUAGUUCCUGAAAUAAAAAACUGUACUCUACUAGUAUAGAGAGAUCGACAACUCCGGUCACUAGUCAGUAGUCACUACUCACUAAACCUUAAACCCAACUCCCUGAAAACCAACUAUGGCGACACCACAAUCUAAAACCCCUUCAACAGACACCCUUAACCCUUCCACCACCCCAACAACUGUCGCUGAAACCACCCAACAACCCACUUCCGGCAACCCACCACCCAAGUCCCCUGAAUCCUCCGUUAAGCGCAAGCGAGAGGAAGAAGAUGUAGAAUCAGAAUCAGAUGACCUAAAAAAGCCGAAACCCGCCUCGCUCCACCCCCUCCACAAAACAAGUCUUUGCUCUUACUUCCGCAGCAAUUCUGGGUCUUGUAGUCAUGGAGAAGAAUGCCGAUUUGCCCAUAAUGAGGAGGAGCUUCGGCCUCGGCCCGAUGGCUCGUGGGACCCCACUUCGCUAAGGGUGAAGAGGAAAGAGAGUGAGGAGAAAAGGGAUGCUGAAGAUGAUGAAGGAGAUGUGGAAGAGGAGAGGAGUGCUAUGAUGACUGAGGUUUUGGGUGAUUCUGGUGAUCCUCAGCUUAGUAAGUGUUUGAUUCAUUUGCCUAGGAAGUGGACUUCUGACCAGUUGAAGACUUAUCUUGAUGAGCAGGGGGUCGUCUUCAAACUAGCUAAGAAGAAAAAAGGUAUGUCAGUUGGGUUUCUGACAUUUGAAGCAGCUGAACAAGUUAAAAGUGCAACAGAGCUAUUGGGAGGAAAAUCUAUUGGCAAGGAGAAACUAAAGAUUGGGGAUGUCAUUCCACGAUCUUAUGAUGAAAAGAUAAAAUCAGCCCAAAAGAGGUAUCAAAGUGGAAUGCCUGGAGUAGCUGAUGAAACAGAGGCUACUUUGGCUUCAAAUGGUACUGAAGAUGGUGAAGGGAAUAGUUCGACUUCAAGGGUAAAGAGUGUACGUGAUGCAGUGACUCCCCUUGCUCACCUAUCAUAUGCAGAGCAACUAGAGCAAAAAAAGAACUCUCUGACGCAAAUGCUCAAAAAACUUACUAGAAAUGCACGUAAAGCAUGCCCAAAAGAUCUUCAACUACCUGAGUGGGUUGUUAAAUCCAGAGAAAUAGGUGGACUUCCAUGCAAACUAGAGGGGAUAAUUGAGUCACCACUUAUAAAUGGGUAUCGUAACAAGUGUGAGUUUUCUGUUGGCCUUUCAGUACAAGGGAAACCUACUGUGGGUUUUAUGCUUGGAAAUUUCAGAGAGGGCGUGACAGCUGUUGAGGAGCCUACAAACUGCCUGAAUGUUUCUAAAAUUGCAUGCAAUUAUGCCUCGGUCUUUCAGGAAUUCUUGCGGGAUUCGGCUUUACCUAUUUGGAACAGAUUCAACAAUAGUGGCUUCUGGCGUCAAUUGACUGUUCGGGAAGGCCGGAAUCCACAGAAAAAUGUUGAGCUGGAGAUUGAAAAUCACGAGGCUAAUAUUACAGAGGUCAUGCUUAUUGUUCAGGUUUCGACAGAGGGCUGUGAUGAUGAUCUCGUGAAUAGUGAACUCGAGAAAUUGACUCAAGCAUUUGUCAAUGGUGCUGCUUCAACAUCUCCACCUUUGCCUCUGACUGUAUUAGCUCUGCAGGAUCACAAAGGCAUAUCCAAUGUAGCUCCUGCUGAUGCUCCAUUGCGUCCACUACCUAUACAUACAGCUCAAUCUGGUUCUGAGACAGAAGUGAUCAUGGCUACCAAUGAAUCCAGGAUUCAUGAUUACAUUGGCAAUCUUCGGUUCUCUAUAUCACCUACUGCAUUCUUUCAGGUUAACACUCUAGCUGCAGAGAAGCUAUAUUCUCUUGCAGGAGACUGGGCUGGUCUAGGUCCGGAUACUUUACUAUUUGAUGUAUGUUGUGGGACUGGCACAAUCGGCCUGACAUUAGCCAACCGUGUUGGUAUGGUAGUUGGUAUUGAGAUGAAUGCUUCUGCUGUAUCCGAUGCACAAAGGAAUGCUGAGAUUAAUGCCAUUACCAACUGUAAAUUCAUCUGUGCAAAGGCUGAGGAUGUCAUGGGGUCUCUACUGAGAGAAUACUUGGAUGAUACUUCAAAUCCUUUGGAUGGUGACGAAAAAGAAAAUGGCGCAGCAGAAAGUCAAUCUGUAUCAUUGAAUGAAGCAGACCCUGAGGAUUGUUCGAAUGAAGUGAAUGUGGAUACUAACCAUGCAUGUGGUUCUGAUAAAGGAGAGCAGGAUCUGCAGAGCAAUCUUAAGGACAGUAACACUAAAGAUGGGAGUGCCUUGAAGCAACACUUUAAAAAUGUUGUUGCAAUUGUUGAUCCUCCACGCUCUGGACUUCACCCGGUUGUUCUAAAAGCUCUGAGAACUCAUCCGUGUCUGAAGAGGCUUGUAUACAUUUCCUGUAAUCCUGAAACACUGGUGGCAAAUGCUAUUGAACUAUGCACACCGUCCUCAGAAAUAGCUGAGAAAGGCCGCAAAGGCCAGGGAUGGAGGAACAUGAGCAAUGCUGGUUUGGCUCGUCAUAGACUAAAGUCCAUGCCGAAGUCCGAGCCAUUUCAACCUGUGAAGGCAAUGGCGGUUGAUCUCUUUCCUCAUACGCCGCAUUGUGAAUUGGUAAUGUUGUUAGAGAGGUGAACGCCUAACUUGUGAUCAUAGUCUCUCUCAUAGCUUGUUUCCAAUACAAUUUUGAUGGCAAGGUCAAUUUUUUAUUUUAUUUAUUUCCUCUUUGUAUACAUAUAUCUUAACAGUAUGAGUACUUGGGGAAUUUGACGAGAAUAUUACUACCAUGCACUCAUGCCGGUAGCCUUUUUUUGUGGUAAAUUGUACUGUAAUGUUGAUACCUUGAUAUCUCUUGCAGCUAUAACUUUUUUUUUUUUUUUUCAAUUUUUUUCUUGUAGUCUAGUUUUAGCAGUUCAAGACUUCUAUUGCAGUACCUAGGUUAGAUCUUGUGCCACGCACGGUAGUUUUUAGUAUUAUUAUCAAUUUAGCACUAUUUUAA